UCCAAGAUUAGAUCAUAAAAGAGUAGUGUUAGCAAGCAAGCAAGACAAGACAAGACAGAAAGAAAAGAUUAAUGGGGCAAGGUAAAGAAGGAAUCGAAAUUACAAAAGAUUGGAAUGGUAUUGAUCAAAUCCUCAUUCGUAACCCACAUGGAGCUUCUUCAGUCAGAGUUUGCUUGAAUGGAGGUCAAGUUACCUCAUGGAGGAAUGAACAAGGAGAAGAACUCCUUUUCACUAGCAGCAAGGCCAUCUUUAAGCCUCCAAAAGCGAUAAGAGGAGGAAUUUCGAUAUGUUUUCCACAGUUUGGAAACUGCAGUUCACUUGAGCAACAUGGAUUUAUAAGGAACAAGGUUUGGAGCUAUGAAGGAAAUAAUGCUCCUCCUCUUAGCUCUAAUGUUUUUUCUCCACAUGGAAAAUCGUUUAUCGAUUUGAUUCUGAAACCAUCUGAAGAAGAUCUCAAGUUCUGGCCGCAUGCUUUCGAGUUUCGACAAAGGGUUGCUAUUGCUUUGGAUGGAAAACUUACAUUGAUAUCGCGCGUUAGAAAUGUUGAUCCAAAACCGUUUAGUUUCUCGUGUGCUUAUCAUACUUAUUUGUCGGUGUCUGACAUAAGUGAAGUAAGGAUAGAAGGAUUGGAGACUCUCGACUACCUCGAUAAUCUAUCACACCGAGAGCGGUUCACAGAACAAGGAGAUGCAAUCACUUUUGAGUCCGAGAUGGAUCGAGUUUACCUCGGUUCUCCAAAUGUUAUAGCUGUUCUUGAUCAUGAAAGGAAACGAACAUAUGUAAUAAAAAAGGAAGGACUGCCCGACAUAGGGGUGUGGAAUCCAUGGGAGAAGAAAUCGAAAGCAAUGACAGACUUUGGAGAUGAAGAAUACAAACAAAUGCUUUGUGUGGAUGCUGCUGUUGUCGAGAAACCUAUCACUUUGAAACCGGGGGAAGAAUGGACCGGUAGGCUCGAUCUAGUUGUUGUUCCGUCGAGUUUUUGCAGCGAGGCUCUGGGAUCUCUCAACCGACGACUUUAGUUUAAAAUGUUAAAAACUCAUUAGUUAUAUUUACUACUAAGUAAAUAAAUUAGGGCUGCUAAAGAUAUCAUCAUUUAAACAUUUCACAUGUGGAUGGAAUAACAGUGCAGUCUAGAGAUGCUUCUAAAUAUGUAAUUUCUUAGUUUUCUUAAAACAACAGUAGAUGAAAUAA